ACGCGGCUGCGCAUGUUCCUACCGGGUAUUACGUUAUAUUUGAACGUGUUUACCGCUAAAAUGACCAAAACACAAGUGUUUUCAACAUAACAACAGUUCAAAAACAAAAUGAAGUGUCAGUUCUUACUAUUAGUUCCGUGAAGUGUAAAAUUAAGUGUUGAAACGACAGAGAAGGAAUAAAACAAAUGUGUGUGAUCCAUGUGUGAAUGUUGUGCUGCAAGAUGUGGUCGAGAAACUUUAUACCGGAUUAUGGGAUUAAAUUAUCCAUCCUCCUUUUGCUGUCUGCGAUAGCUGCUAGGAUUGAUGGCGUCGAAGGUUUCGUCUCAUGCUCUCCGUCCCCUUGCAAGAACGGUGGCACAUGCCUUUCUACGCCGAGAGGAGAAUAUUUUUGCAACUGCACAUCGCGCUACGCCGGCGAAUUCUGCCAGCAUCUCAACCCAUGCCACAGCGAAUCAAGCCCCCGCUGCCAGAACGGUGGUUCGUGCAGAGUGCGCCCAGGAGUCAGCGGAGGGCCUCCCUCCUUCGCGUGUGACUGUCCUCUCGGCUUCAGCGCGUCACUGUGCGAGAUCAGAGUGCCAGCGGCUUGUGAUUCUGCGCCUUGCUUGAAUGGGGCGACGUGUAGGCUGACGUCGUUGCAUAGUUAUGAGUGUGACUGUCCUCCGGGGUAUACAGGCGAGGAAUGCUCCCAUGAGGACCACUGCGCCUCCCAACCAUGCCGGAACGGGGGACGUUGCGUCGCCGACAAUACAACAACUGCUGGCUACUCUUGCGUGUGCCCGCCCGGCUUCACUGGCGCGCGAUGUACUGAAGACGUGGUGGAAUGUUCGAGUGGUUCUGGCCCUUGUCACCACGGGCGCUGUUUCAACACCCACGGCUCGUAUACCUGUGUGUGUGAGCCGGGGUACACGGGGCGGGAUUGUGACGCGGAGUACGUGCCGUGUGAACCUUCGCCAUGCUUGCAUGGGGGAAGGUGCACCCCGUUGGACCAACUGCGGUAUGAAUGCGACUGUCCUACUGGAUACCGAGGCCAAAACUGCGAGAUAGACAUCGAUGACUGUCCGGGCCACUUGUGCCAAAACGGCGCGACCUGUAUUGAUGGACUCAACUCGUAUACAUGCGAGUGUCCCCCGACUUUCACUGGGACGCUGUGUGAAACGGAUGUCGAUGAAUGCGCUUUGAGACCUCUAGUAUGCCAGAACGGUGCCACAUGUACCAACACCGUUGGAGGCUUCUCCUGCAUCUGUGUGAACGGGUGGACCGGGCCAGAGUGUUCUGUGAACAUCGACGAUUGUGCAGGCGCCGCUUGCUUCAAUGGUGCGACGUGUAUUGAUCGAGUUGGAGCGUUCUACUGCAAGUGUACUCCGGGGAAGACGGGUCUCCUCUGCCACCUGGACGAUGCAUGCACAUCGAACCCGUGCCACGUGGACGCGAUCUGCGACACCAGCCCCAUUAACGGCUCCUACACCUGCUCGUGCGCAUCUGGGUACAAGGGCCUUGACUGCUCGGAGGAUAUCGAUGAGUGUGAACAAGGAUCUCCUUGCGAGCACGACGGCAUGUGCGUGAACACGCCCGGCUCCUUCGCUUGCAACUGUUCCGUGGGUUUCACCGGCCCUCGGUGUGAGACCAACGUCAAUGAGUGUGAAAGCCAUCCCUGUAGGAAUGAAGGAUCUUGUUUGGAUGAUCCGGGGACCUUUAGAUGCGUGUGUAUGCCUGGUUUUACGGGCACUCAAUGUGAGGUUGAAAUAGACGAAUGUGCAAACAACCCGUGCCUGAACGGUGGAGUCUGCCAUGACAUGAUCAACGCGUUUCGAUGUACUUGUGUUAUAGGCUUCACGGGCGCUAGAUGUCAAGUGAACAUAGACGACUGUGCCUCUAGUCCAUGUCGGAAUGGAGGCACGUGCCAUGACUCCAUCGCUGGGUACACUUGUGAAUGCCCGCCUGGGUAUACAGGCAUGUCCUGCGAAACCAACAUCAACGACUGUCUCUCCGCCCCUUGCCAUCGGGGUGAAUGCAUUGAUGGUGACAAUAGUUUCACUUGCAAUUGUCAUCCGGGAUACACUGGCCGUGUGUGUCAAACCCAGAUUAAUGAAUGCGAGUCUAAUCCUUGUCAGUUUGGAGGUCACUGCGAAGACCUAAUAGACGGCUACCAAUGCCGCUGCAAGCCCGGUACAUCAGGUCGGAACUGCGAGAUCAACGUCAACGAAUGUUACUCCAACCCUUGUAGGAACGGCGCCACUUGCAUUGACGGGAUAAAUAGGUAUACAUGCGAAUGUAUCCCGGGUUUCACUGGCCAACACUGCGAGACGAACAUUAACGAAUGUUUGUCGAACCCUUGCGCGAAUGGCGGCAAAUGUAUCGAUCGCAUAAAUGGAUUCCGCUGCGAGUGUCCUAGGGGAUAUUAUGAUGCAAGAUGCCUAUCAGACGUGAACGAAUGUGCUUCCAACCCUUGCAUCAACGGUGGUACCUGUGAGGAUGGCGUCAAUCAGUUCAUUUGUCAUUGCUUACCGGGAUAUGGAGGCCAACGUUGCGAGCGUGACAUCGACGAAUGCAGCUCAAACCCGUGCCAACAUGGUGGCACGUGCCAUGACAGACUCAAUGCUUACAAAUGUGACUGCGUUUUAGGAUUUACAGGAGUAAACUGCGAAACGAACAUCGACGACUGUGCCGGUAACCCAUGCUUACACGGCGGCUCUUGCAUCGACCUCGUGAACGGCUACCGCUGCGUGUGCGCGCCGCCGCACUCGGGACGCAACUGCGAGAACACGCUCGACCCGUGCUUGCCGAACCAAUGUCGUCACGGCGGCCGCUGUAUAGCCGAAGCUUCCUACGCUGAGUUUACUUGCCAAUGCCCCGUCGGUUGGACCGGAGCCCUAUGCGAAAGGGAUGUCGACGAAUGUGCAGUUACAGCCCCUUGUCAUAAUGAAGCCACGUGUAUUAACACUGAAGGGUCGUAUGCCUGUCUGUGUGCUAGAGGCUAUGAGGGAAAGGACUGUGCUAUCAACACGGAUGACUGCGCUUCGUUCCCCUGCCAAAACGGCGCCACAUGUUUGGACAGUAUCGGCGACUACAACUGCGUGUGUGCGAGCGGGUUCGCGGGGAAACAUUGUGAAGUUGAUAUAGAUGAAUGCCAGUCUAGGCCCUGUAUGAAUGGAGCUACUUGUAACCAGUACGUCGCAUCAUACACAUGUACCUGUCCCCUGGGUUUCUCUGGCAUCAACUGUCAGACGAAUGACGAAGACUGUACCGACUCUAGCUGUAUGAACGGAGGCUCUUGUAUUGAUGGCAUCAAUUCGUAUAACUGUUCCUGUCCACCUGGCUACACAGGCUCCAACUGCCAGUUCCGUAUCAACAUGUGCGACAGUUCGCCGUGCGCCAACUCGGCCACGUGCCACGACCACGUGACGCACUACACCUGCCACUGCGCCUACGGGUAUACCGGGAAACAUUGCGAUACUUUUGUGGAUUGGUGUGAAAACAAUCCAUGUGAAAACGGUGCGACAUGUUCACAAAAAGGACCACAAUAUACAUGCUCCUGCGCACCCGGCUGGUCGGGGAAGCUUUGUGAUGUUGAAAUGGUGUCCUGCAAAGAUGCUAGUAUACGUAAAGGUGUGAAACUAAAGCAACUCUGCAACAACGGUACAUGCGAAGACAUCGGCAACUCGCACCGCUGCCACUGCCUUGACGGUUACACUGGUUCUUACUGCCACAAGGAAAUCAAUGAAUGUGACUCCGCCCCUUGCCAGAACGGGGCUCUAUGCAAAGAUCUAGUGGGAACAUACCAGUGCCAAUGCGCCAAAGGAUUCCAAGGACAGAACUGCGAACUAAACGUGAACGACUGCCUUCCAAACCCGUGCCAAAAUGGCGGAACAUGCCACGACUUGAUCAACAACUUCUCCUGUUCCUGUCCGUUUGGAACGCUGGGCAAAAUCUGUGAAAUCAACGUUAAUGACUGCAAGCAAGACGCGUGUCAUAAUAACGGUACCUGUAUUGAUAAAGUUGGAGGCUUCGAAUGCAAAUGUCCGCCUGGUUUUGUCGGGCCGAGGUGUGAAGGAGAUAUUAACGAGUGCUUGUCCAACCCGUGCUCGAACCCGGGAACUCAGGACUGCGUGCAAUUGGUCAACGAUUACCAUUGUAACUGCAAGCCGGGCUAUAUGGGCAGACAUUGUGAUGCCAAAGUUAACUUCUGCGCAAACUCCCCGUGCCAGAACGGUGGUAUAUGUACCGCUAUUCAAGGUGGACAUGAAUGUCUUUGCAGCGAUGGAUUCUAUGGCAAGAACUGCGAGUACUCAGGAUAUGCAUGUGAUUCGAACCCGUGCCAAAAUGGAGGCUACUGCAGAACAUCAGAGAUUGGAGAUUACGUGUGCGACUGUCCAUCUGGCUUGUCUGGAAUCAAUUGUGAAAUAGAUUCUAUGAACGAAUGCCUCAGCAAUCCGUGCAAACACCCAGACGCGCGUUGUAUCGACAAACCCGGCGACUACUUAUGCUACUGUCCACGACAAUGGACAGGAAAGAACUGCGAUAUACACGACCCACACUCAAGAGGUGGUUAUGGAAGCCCCGUGAGCGGAGUAUACGGUAAAAACCCUGGAUUGACGCUGCAAGAACUAGAUCUGGCUUUCCAAAGAGAACAAUGUGUGAAACUAGGCUGCAAAGAGAAGAAAGGAGACAACCAUUGCGAUGAAGAAUGUAAUACUUACGCGUGCGAAUUCGACGGCAACGACUGCUCUUUGGGAAUCAAUCCGUGGGCCAAUUGCACUGCUCCUAUCAAAUGUUGGGAGGUGUUCAUGAACGGAGAAUGUAACGAGGUCUGCAACACGCAAGACUGUCUAUUUGACGGGCGAGACUGCGAGAAAUCUCUACAGAAAUGUAACCCGAUUUACGACGCGUACUGUCAGAAACAUUACGCAAACGGACAUUGUGACUACGGAUGCAACAACGCUGAAUGUAACUGGGAUGGUUUGGAUUGUGAGAAUGAGCCGCCUGAUCUAGCCGAAGGCGUCAUCUCAGUCAUAUUGCUGAUGGACAUGAGAACGUUCAAAGAGAACUCUGUUGCCUUCUUGCGAGAUCUGGGACAUCAGUUGCGUACAACAGUUCUAAUUAAGAAAGAUCACCUCGGAAACGAUAUGGUGCAGCCUUGGAAGGGGUCAACGGACGUUGGGUUACAAGACACGGAAUUCGGCAAGAAACAUCAUAUUGUGUUCACUGAACGCGGCCAGUCCGGCGUCCAAGUUUACCUCGAGAUCGAUAACAGAAAGUGCACAACAAUGUCCAAUUCGGAAUGUUUCUUCUCAGCCCGCGAAGCCGCUGAAUUCUUAGCGGCUACCGCUUCAAAGCAUUCCUUAUCACCUGACUUCCCUAUAUUCCAAGUGAAAGGUGUAAACACUCCAAUUAUAGACAUUCCUACGAAUUCCAAAUACGUUUUCAUCGGCGUUAUUUUAGUUCUUCUAGCUGGUUUACUUAUUGGAGUUUUAGUUACUGCGCAAAGGAAACGCGCAGCUGGCAUAACAUGGUUCCCAGAAGGUUUUAUAAGCAACGGUUCGUCUUCGCGUCGUCGCUCAAGACGUCGUGGUCCAGAUGGGCAGGAGAUGAGGAAUUUGAACAAGGGUUCCAUGGGAUGCAUCGAUGUGGAUAUCAAUGGAGGUCACAUGGUGCCGCCACACUGGUCUGAUGAAGAUGAUGAUGGUUCAGCUCCUCCCAGGGCUAAGAGGGCUAGAGGGCCGGGAGAUUCUAAUGGAGCUCCAGGUGGAUAUGCAUCAGAUCAUACAGCGAUCACGGAUUAUGAAGAAGCUAGUCAUGAGCCGAGGGUCUGGACCCAACAGCAUUUGGAUGCGGCUGAUAGCAGAGUACCACCGAGUAUGAUGACACCACCCGCUAUCCACGAUGGCCACGUAGACGUAAACGCACGUGGUCCUCUCGGUAUGACACCACUCAUGGUGGCCGCCAUCCGGGGCGGAGGCCUAGACACUGGCUCUGAUGUGGAGGACGAACAGACUGCGCACAUUAUAUCCGAGCUCGUGGCUCAGGGGGCGCAGCUUAAUGCUGCUAUGGAUAAAACUGGGGAGACUAGCUUGCAUCUUGCUGCUAGAUACGCACGCGCAGACGCAGCAAAGCGCCUGCUAGACGCGGGCGCGGACGCAAACUCGCAGGACAACACGGGCCGGACGCCAUUGCACUCUGCUGUAGCGGCUGAUGCUAUGGGCGUGUUCCAGAUAUUGUUGCGCAAUAGAGCCACUAACUUGAACGCUAGGAUGCAUGAUGGGACUACACCGCUUAUAUUGGCUGCUAGGCUGGCCAUAGAAGGCAUGGUGGAAGACCUAAUAAACGCAGAUGCUGAUAUAAACGCAGCAGACAACAGCGGUAAGACAGCACUACACUGGGCAGCCGCUGUGAACAAUGUGGAUGCUGUCAAUGUUCUACUGGUACAUGGGGCUAAUAGAGAUGCGCAGGAUGAUAAGGACGAAACCCCCCUCUUCCUCGGCGCCCGUGAAGGCUCCUACGGUGCGUGUAAAGCUCUCCUAGAUGCACUUGCUAACAGAGAGAUCACAGAUCACAUGGACAGACUCCCACGAGAUGUGGCUCAGGAGCGAAUGCACGAUGAUAUCGUAAGAUUGUUGGAUGAACACUGUGUGCGACCGCAGCAUCAUCAUCUUAUGACAUCACCAAACCCCCAUCCUCAACUGAUAAGCCAGCCUACAGUGAUAAGCGCCACAGCCACUAAGGGCAAGCCGAAGAAGCCCCGCGCUAAAGUGGGGCCCGACAGCCCACAGGAACAGUACGAUAAUAACUUGCAGGCUUCGCAGAUACGACGGAAACCAAGUGUAAAAAAGAGUAAUAAGAAAGUGGCACAAGAAGUGCCACAAAGCGUGGAAAGUCUCGGCUUCAGUUUGAGCCCUGUCGAAUCUCCGCUACAAAAUUUACAGGAUUUGCCGUCGCCGUACGACGCGACGUCUCUGUACUCGAACGCGAUGGCGCAGUUCCCGGGUAUGGAGUUGGUGCACAAGCAGCCGCCCAGCUACGAAGACUGCGUUAAGUCGGGCGGCGCCGUGCAGUUCGGCGGCGGCGCGGGCGCGUCGCUGUCCCCGCCCUACUCCAACCACUCGCCCGCGCACAGCAACCACACCACCUCGCCGCAUGCAUACAUCGGCUCCCCAUCCCCGGGCAAGUCCCGGCCGUCUCUGCCCACGUCCCCGGCGCACAUGGCGGCGCUGCGCCACCACCACCAGCACCAGCUGGACGCUGCUGCUUACUCUGCACUUGCGCAUCUCAGUGCGAACGGGCAACACAACGCGCAGCUCCAAGCGGUGAUGUCGCACGCAGCUGCGCUCUCACACGCACAGGCUCAUCACCCGGCCAUCACCAAUAUUAUGUCCGGUCUGUACGGCAGCUGGGGCAUGGGCGACACGUUCCCCACCCCCUCCCCCGAGUCCCCCGACCACUGGUCCACCCCCUCGCCCCAAACCCCACUCACGCAAUCCCCGCACUCUGAUUGGUCAGAUCGGGCCGCGCUAUCCCCUAACGACAUGCAACAAGCGAACAAAGGAGCAACAGAAGCCAUCUACAUUUAAAAAUAGAACGUUCAAUAUUCCAUUGGCGGUUAAUCUAACUAUUUUUUCUUUUAAAUUGGCGAUUCGAAUUAAGAACGCGUCGGUUCUAUAAAAUGAAUUCGACUAUUUUUAGUUUGCAAUUUCUCAUUCAGAUGCCGU